AUGUUAGGUUUAACUGAUAUGUUAAAAGAUGGUGCCAAGCACUUUUCAGGUAAAGAUGAAGCCAUCUUAAGAAAUAUUGAUGCCACCAAACAACUUGCAGAAAUUACCAGAACAUCAUUAGGUCCAAAUGGUAUGAAUAAAAUGAUCAUCAAUCAUUUAGAAAGAUUAUUUGUUACCAAUGAUGCUGCAACCAUCAUUAAAGAAUUAGAUGUUAUUCAUCCAGCUGCUAAAAUGUUAGUUUUAGCUGCUCAAAUGCAAGAAAAAGAAAUGGGUGAUGGUACAAAUUAUGUUGUUACAUUAGCAGGCGAAUUAUUACAAAAAGCAGCAAAUCUUUUAGAAAUGGGACUUCAUCCAAGUGAAAUUAUUACUGGUUAUGAAAAAGCAGCACAAAAACUUAUAGAAAUUAUUGAAUCAUUAGUUGUAUAUACCAUCAAAGAUAUUAAUGAUGCUAAAGAAGUUUCAAAAUGUUUAAAAUCAGCAAUUGCCAGUAAACAAUAUGGUUAUGAAGACUUUUUAUCAGAAAUUAUCACUAAAGCAUGUCUUCAAGUAUUACCAAAAAAAGUUGUAAAUUUCAAUGUCGAUAAUGUUAGAGUUACUAAAAUUCAAGGUGGUGGUGUUAGCGAUACCUCCGUUGUUAAAGGUUUUGUUAUUCCAAUGGACUCUGAUGGUACCAUUAAGAGAAUGGAAAAAGCUAAAGUUGCUGUUUUCACCAUGGGUAUUGAUCUUGGUAAAACAGAAACUACAGGUAAAGUUUUAAUUCAAGAUGAAAAAGAUCUCCUCAAUUUCUCUAAAGGCGAAGAAGACUCAAUUAAAGAAACUAUUAAUCAAAUUGCUUCCACUGGUGUUAAAGUUAUCAUUUCAGGUUCAAGUGUCUCCGAAAUGGCUAUUCAUUACAUUGAAAGAGCUAAAAUUAUGUUACUCCGUAUUCAAUCUAAAUUCCAAUUACGUCGUGUUUGUCAAGCUAUCGGUGCUACACCACUCGUUAAAUUAGGUGCCCCAAUCCCAGAAGAGUUAGGUUAUUGUGAUGAAGUUAUCGUCGAAGAAAUUGGCUCAACCAAAUGUUGUAUUUUCCGUCAAAACAGUGAAGAAAGUGAAAUUUCAACCAUUAUUGUUCGUGGUAGUACCAAUAAUAUUCUUGAUGAUAUCGAAAGAGCUAUCGAUGAUGGUGUUAAUGUUUUCAAAGGUAUGUGUAAAGAUGGUAGAUUUUUAGCUGGUGCUGGUGCCUUCGAAAUUGAAGUCUCACGUGCUCUUCAAGCUUAUGCCGAUUCAACUCCAGGUCUUUCACAAUACUCUAUCCGUCAAUUUGCUGAAUCUUUUGAAAUUUUCCCAAGAACUCUUGCCGAAACUAGUGGUCAUGAUGGUUCAAAAGCUAUCUCAAAUCUUUACGCUGCCCACACCAAAAAUAACACCGAUUUUGGUUUAGAUAUCGAAAGUGGUCAACCAGCUUCAGCCGUCAAAAUGGAAGUCUUUGAUGCUUUUGCUUGCAAACUUUUCGCCAUUAAAUUAGCUACCAACACUGCCAAUACCGUUUUAAGAGUAGAUCAAAUUAUUAUGUCAAAACCAGCCGGUGGACCAAAACCACCAAAGAUGGGCGGUGGUAUGGAUCACGAUGAUUAA